AUGUCGUUCUUAGAGCAUGAAUGCAACAUCUCGCUGGCGGCGGCGCUGGCCUUCCUGGACGAGUCCAUGGACGCCAGCGAAAGCUCCAAUAGCUCGACCACUGCGUCUACACCGUCUGCGACUACACAACCGUCCACCGCCGCUGAUCCAGCGCAGCUCUUAGAGGCGUUGGACGACGACCUCGGAGCUUUCACCGCGUCGUCGCCUUUACCUCAACCAGCUGAUGCUAUGCAGUUGGAGAGCGCAGCUUUACCCGUCCAAGAGACCACCAUUGUACCAGCUUCAAUCUCCAAACAAUUGAAGAGCGCAAAGAAGAAAAAGAAACUCAACUACGACCCCAAUAAGGCCCGUAACGAGCGCAGAUUCGAGCUCGCGUGCUUGAGAAAAGAAGUGAAGGACCUGGAGCUGACACUCGAACAGUUGCAGAGCAUACAAGGCGAUGAUAAACGCUCUACAAGUGUAAAAAGACCGCGAGUAGCUGCUUUGCUGCGGCCUGUGAGCUCGAACAGCGGCAUGUCCGCGGUUUGGGAGCAGAUUUGUGCUCAUCAAUUAGAGAGACGACUGCGCGUCGAGAGGGAGAACAUCCACUUAAGAAUGAUGUAUAAAAGUCAAGCCCAGGUAGCUAAAAGCAUCGAAAGGCUGCUACAGAAGAGACUAGCGCUACAAGACACGACAUACUCAGAGAUCAGCAAGCACACGAGUCGCAUUGAGGUCCCGCAAGGUUAUUUCACUGACGCAGAUCAAAAGAUAUUUGAAGAUCUUUCUAAGGGUGUAGAUACGUCGUACCAACAGGUGGACGAAGUAUUUGAAGCUCAUGACCCUGCACGGACUCAUCUGCCGACACGGGAGCCCGUGGUUCGAGAUAGUGUCAAUGGCAAGUAUAUGGAGCUGUUCGACAACAAGAUCAUGCCGUUCGAUAUGACGUCCACUGGUGAUGCAUGGUGGAGACGCUGGCACAAUUAUAAGGGGCACUGUGCUCACGAGAAUGGACCGAAUAAUACGAUUGUGGAGAAGUUUGGACUGGAGAUGAAGGAUGUUAAAACACGGACGACAGCGACGUUCUACGUCCAGCAGAUCUUAAAGCGUCAUGUGGAAGACGGCCGCAUUGUGAUCGUCUGGCAUGCUCAUAUUAAGCCACUGGAAUUCGAGAAGAAACCUGCUACUGGAGUCCAUUAUUUGGAGAAGGGUUACGUUUUGAUCAAGCCGCAUAUUACGGACUCAACGCCGAAUAGUAAUGAAGCUGCCACGCGCGUCAUGACGUGCUAUAUUAUCACACCGCACUUGGCGAAUAGGAAAUUGCGGGCAGAUGCAAGGACGAGUGCUUUAACGGAAUUUGUGCUGAGUGCAACAUCGGCGAAUAUCUCGAUGAGCAACGAGAUGAUCGAGAAUUUACUGGUGGAUCGAGCACUCCAAAAACAGAAACUUGGAUAG